AUGAAUAUUCUUGAUUGGGAAAUAAAGAAUUGGCGAAAAUUAAUGAAAAAUAAAUAUUAUCGUUAUAUACAUAAUAAUAUUAAUAAUUUAUAUCAUUAUGAUGAAAUAAUACGAAAAAAUUAUUAUCCAUCAACAACAACAACAACAACAGAAGAAGUUUUGUUUAUCGAAAAUGAACAAAUCAAAAAUUCGAAUGAAAAAAUUAAACGUCCAUUUUGGAAUGUAACCAUACCUGGUUUGAUUAGUUGUGCUUAUUUUUUCGGUUUAAUUGUAUAUCUAAUUUGGCCGGAUAUUGUUAAUGUACAUCCAUUUUUUCUUAUUGUACCAAGUAUGGCACCAGCUAAUAUACGUAUUUAUUGUUCAACAAUGAGUUCAAUAUGGGCUGCUAAUUAUAUUGCAUUGGUUUUCUAUGGUAUUUCCACUCAACUAAGACAAUUUCAAUUUUUACAUUUAUUACAUUUGAAUAAAUCAAAUGGUCGUGGUUUAGAUCAAAAAAAUUUACAACGUUUACGUUUAUAUCGUGAUCGUUCCUAUCAAUUUCCAGCAUUCAUCUUAAUCGUUAAAUAUUAUUUGAUUUUGAAACAAAAAAUUUUACAACGAAGAAUGCAACGAUUUUUUAUGCGAUUAAUGUUAUUGAAUAAAAAAUCAAUGCAAAAUGUUCAAUAUGAAUUUCAACGAUUAAAUUCAUCAUUUGUUGAAUUACAGAAAGAAAUUAAUUUUAAUAAUAUACAAUUAGAACGAUUCAUAUCGAUAUUGUUUGUUUGUGAUUCAACAGUAAUAACCUAUUUGACUUGUGUUUUAUUUUUAGCUUGGAUGCCUAUCCUAUUCGUUAUUCUUUAUUUAAUUAUUUAUAUUGCCCAUCUAAUUGCAUUAACAACAUUUAUACAAUAUGGUUCAAAAAUUGAAAAUUUAAAUAAAGAUUUUCUUCAUUAUAGUCGAAAAUGUUUUAUUAAUAAACAUCAAUGUUUUAAUCUAAAAUAUUUACUUAAGCAAGAAUCUGUUACAAGUACAAUGUUUAACAAUCCAAUUGGUAUGAAAUUUUUGAAUGGUAGUGUCAUUACAUCAAGAACUCAAUUGACUAUUAUGGUCAAUAUAAGUACAUUUUUCUUUUUGAUUUGUCGAAAUAUCACCUGAAUAUAGAAAAAAAAAACAGGAUGGUCACUUUUUUGAACUGGAAUUGCA